ACUCGUUGAAUGUACCAUUAGUCCGCAUUCACGCCUCGGCACCACAAUGUAUAUUAAGGAUUCUGCCAGAAUCUCGUUAUCACGUCUUACACUUUUGCUCCUGAACGAUCCGUGCGAACCUUCUGCAUGUAUACACACUGACCAUCAGGAAUAUACCGACCAACCACUAUGGCUCCGCAUCUCAAAACAGCCAUUGUCACAGGUGGUUGCUCUGGCAUCGGACUCGGCCUAGUCAAGCACCUCCUCUCCAAACCAGACUGGCGUGUAGUGUUGGCAGACAUCCGUCCUGAAGCAUACGACGCAAUCAAGUCAUCUCUCGAUCCGGACCGCCACACAUUCAUCGAGACCGACGUGUCCUCAUGGCCGUCGCAAGCCGCGCUUUUCAAACAAGCAUUCACUUACUCCGAUGGAAGAAUCGACUUCCUCGCCGCCAACGCCGGCACCGCGGAGAAAGUACACCUCCUGGAUCCAUCGCUUGACGACCUCGACACCGAGCCCACACAGCCAAGCAUGCUCGCCACCGAGGUGAACCAGUUUGGCCCCAUCUAUGGGUUGAAGCUGUUUGUGCACUACGCCCGAUUGACGAAUCGAGCACUAAAAUCAAAGCAUGCCACGUCCACUUCCGAGUCUUCGUCGACAACGAAUGGCACAUCCGUGUCAACAUUCAACCCGAAAGUGGUAAUAACAUCAUCCUGUACCGCGCUCUACCCAUUCCCCGUCGCCGUCCAAUAUGCUGCGUCAAAGGCCGCAAUCUUCUCCCUGGUGAGGAGCGUCGGCAAGAACCUCCUGGCCAGUGACAACGUGGCUGUCAACUGCAUCAUGCCCGCUUACGUCGACACCAAUCUAACACCAGACGAAGUCACGGCACUAUGGCCUAAGGAAUGGGUAACGCCCUUAUCAACGAUGAACAGGGCAUACGACGAACUGAUCGAUAAACACGGUCGUGUCGAGCAAGAUGGCAAGAGCGAUGGGAAAGACGGGAAAGUCAAAGCUGGGAAAGCGGUGGAAUGUGCGUGCGAUAAGCUUUAUUACCGGAAUGGUGUCGAGUAUGCAGAUGAGUCGCAGAAGUUCUGUAUUGAGCAGAGUUUUUAUCCUGAUGGACUUUGGAUGCGUGGGAUGAUUGAACGGAUGAAGAAGACUGGGUCUAUUAUUUGAUAGUACAUCGAGUUCUUUAGAUUUCAGGCGUUAACCGACGGAUGGUCAAACAAAGAUUGGAAGCCAUUUCUGAUAUUGCACCUGGCAAUUGACAUUGUAUUGAAAGAAAUUGCCCUACUAUGUGAGAACCGGCCGCCCCCUAAAAAUGACAGCCUCGUUCCUUUCGCCUUUUCGUCGCCGACACUUGCCACCAUGCUCCCAAAAUCACAUUUGACCGCCAGCCU